AAAUUUGAAACGAUUGUUUUUAUCAGCGAGGCGGAGGUUCUUCGAGGGUUACCGCCCGCGAAACAAAACCGACGAGCUUUCGGCUUACGGGCUUACUGUGGAGGAAUGACUUUGAAUGUGAACGUCGGCCUCAUGGGGCACGUCGACUCGGGGAAAACGAGCCUCGCAAAAGCUCUGAGCUCCGUCGCGAGCACGGCUUCCUUCGACAAAAGCCCGCAAUCUCAGGAAAGGGGCAUCACCAUCGACCUAGGAUUCAGCUCGUUUUACGUCGAUGCUCGCGACUACCUCGCCGAUUCUGAUUUCCAACUAUUACAAUUCACCCUAGUCGACUGUCCUGGACACGCGUCAUUGAUCAAAACCGUCAUCGGAGGUGCCCAGAUAAUAGAUAUCAUCAUACUUGUGAUCGAUAUCACAAAAGGAGUUCAAACGCAGACAGCAGAAUGUCUUGUUAUAUCAGAAAUCAUAAACAAACCGAUGUUAAUAGUUUUGAACAAGAUAGAUCUGCUUCCAAGCGAAAAGCAGCAAAGUGGUAUUGAUAAGGUUGUAAAAAAAUUGCAAAUAACAUUAAAAAGCACACCAUUUAGUAAUGCUUCCAUAGUACCAACCUCAGCAAUAAGGGGACAAGACGAUCCUAAGAAAGAAGGCUUCAGUGAGUUGAUAAACAAAUUAUGUAGAAUGGUAAAAGACGUAGAAAGGCCUGUGAACAAGCCUAUGUUAUUAUCUGUUGAUCAUUGUUUUAUCAUUAAAGGUAAAGGUACAAUCAUGACAGGUACCAUGAUCCAAGGCCAGCUCGAAUUAGGCAAUAAUAUAGAGAUUCCAGCCUUGAAGGAAAUCAAAAAGGUCAAAUCAAUGCAGACUUUCAAGAAGGAUGUGAAGAAAGUUCAAGCAGGGGACAGGGUUGGCAUUUGUGUCACCCAAUUUGACCCCAAGUCUCUGGAGAGAGGACUGAUCUGUGCUCCUGGUUACAUCAGUCCUUUGUUCGCAGUCGUAAUCAAAAUGAAGAAAGUAACGUACUAUCGCAAUACGAUAUCAAGCGGUUCUAAAUACCACGUGAGCAUCGGUCAUGAAACUGUUAUAGCGAAAUUGACACUGUUUUUAGAAUUAAGCGAAAAAGCUGAGUUUAAUUUAGAUAAAGACUACCUUUUCUUGGACGAAUAUAAUGAUUCAGAACAAAGAGUAUGUUACGCCUUAUUGCAAUUUGAGCAUAGUGUAUUAUCCCCUAGUAAUAGUUUAAUAAUUGGUUCAAAAUUAGACAUGGAUGUGAACGCGCCGAGCUGUCGUUUGGUUUUUCACGGCAUAUCUCUUUUUGACGUAUCAGACAGAAAUUACGAAACAUCCCUUCUGCCCAAAUUGAAACUUUUCAAGUACAAACAGAAAACAGGCGUCGUCUACAAAAUGAAUAAUUCCACUGACAUAAUUGCAAAAUCUCUUUUUAAAAAAGAAACAAAAAUGUACAAUUUUACAAAUUUAAAAAUUACACUUUCAACUGGUGAAAAUGGUUACAUUGAAAGUACUUUUGGCCAGGGUGGAAAAGUCAGGAUAACAAUUCCAGAAGGCCUCAGACAAGAGACAGAACAUAUUUUGAAAAAAAUGUCAAAAUGUAGUGACACUACUUUGAAUAAUGAAAGUGUCAAAGUUUUCUUAAGAUUUAAAAGAUACAUUUAUGACAGAGAUAAAAAAAUUAUUCAAAAUGAGUAAUUGUUUAGUACAGCUUUAAUUAUUAAUAACAAAU